UCGCCACCGCCGCUCCGAUCCCGCGACGCCGAACUCUCCGCCGUCCAAAAAGGGGACCCGAAAUUUAAAUCAAACGAUCUCGACCGUCCGAUCCGUGCAGGCGUAACGUUCCUCUCUCUACAUAGUAUCUCUCCGACUCCGUCAGACUCCCUCGUACCGCGCGAUGGGGUUCAUCUUCUUCUUCUCCUCCACUUCGAUUAGGGUUAGGGUGAGGGUUUUAACUCUCUCUCUCUAAUUUACAACCACGAAGAUGAUUCCAUGGUGAUGCGAUUUUUAGGGAGCCGGGUUGAGGGGUCAAUGGGCUGCUUUCAAUCGACGGCUCGAAAACAAUUCCCCGGAUAUGAGGAUCCGGUGCUUCUUGCCUCCCAAACGUCUUUCAGCGUCAGUGAAGUUGAGGCACUGUUUGAGCUGUAUAAGAGCAUUAGCAGUUCUGUAAUUGAUGAUGGGUUGAUAAACAAGGAAGAGUUCCAGCUUGCAUUAUUUAAGAACAACAGAAGAAAAGAAAAUCUUUUUGCAAAUCGGAUCUUCGACCUGUUUGAUGUCAAGCAAAAGGGAGUCCUUGAUUUUGGUGACUUUGCUCGAGCUCUAAAUGUCUUUCAUCCAAAUGCUCCUCAGGAAGAUAAGAUUGACUUUUCAUUCAGGCUAUAUGAUUUGGAUGGUACAGGCUUUAUUGAGCGGAAAGAGGUUAAACAGAUGCUAAUUGCACUUUUAAGUGAAUCAGAGAUGAGAUUGUCCGAUGAGACCAUAGAAACAAUUCUAGACAAGACAUUUUUGGAGGCUGAUGUGAAUCAGGAUGGGAAAAUAGACAAAGCAGAGUGGGAGAAUUUUGUUUCUCGAAAUCCGUCUCUAAUGAAGAUAAUGACUCUUCCAUAUCUCAAGGACAUAACAACUACGUUUCCGAGUUUUGUAUUUAAUUCUGAGGUCGAUGAGAUUGCCACGUGACGCAUCUGCCAUUAUCUGCAACAGUAUUACGAAGAACACAUGAGCAGGUGUCAAGUCUGAGCCUGGUACCGAAUAUUCGGCAAGUUGAAUUACUAUUUCAGUGUGUAAUAAGAUAUCAACAAAUUAAGUGUUGUUUUAGCUAAAAGUGUCUUGUCAGAAAUUUCUCAAAACAGAGAAAAAAAUUCUGAAUUUCAGGGGCAAAAGUUUUUUUCAACCCCCCAUGUCUAACCGAGGAAAGCGUUAUUUGGGAUGAAGGACAUCCAAUCCUUGCAUAUAUUUGUUGGUUGUAUGUAUAAUAUGAGUGAAGAGAAAAUUCUAGUGAAAAUUUUUUUAUAUCACAAAUGGUUAUAAUCAUCCAAA